AUGCCGCGCUUACGGGUUCUCGCUGGACCGUCUAUUGAGGAGGUCGUCCCUAUAUCUGCCAAUUCGGACGUCCCGGUAGACAUCCACAGCGAUGCGUUCGAGGGAAAGGUUGCUGUGUACGUGAAGGGCUUUGCUGACGCGGAUGGGGUCGUGGGGGACAGUCCGUAUUUCAAGAAGCGGACCACGGUGACGUGGAGUAUCCAGGUCCAAGGCAGGUUCUUGCGGCCGUAUUCUGCGGACGAGAUCCUAUUCGGCAACACGUUCGAAAGGCCACUCAAACUCCCUUGGGGCUUCGGUGCUGCGCUCAAGUUUAUGAAUUGUGUAGAUCCCACUCUCGAGCAGGACCUCACAUCGAAUACUAGACCUUGGGCACUCUCCCCGCUCAUAGCCACCAUGCCAUACCUGCAACAUCGGCGGCUUGAGAGCGAGACAAAGCCACCUGCAUUUCCCCCCGACGUCCCCAUCGAAAAUGAUAUCUCCCAGCUGGCUCUGAUGGACAAGAAUGGGGCCAAGUCGAAGGAACUCCUGAAAGAUCGACGCUCGUAUUUUUGCAACGCAGCACACCGGAAGGAUGUCGUAUUCGGUCCAGAGGAUCUUAUAACCGCCGAUUUUUGCCACGAUUACCUACGCUUCAGUGCGCACGGGGUCUGCUUGCGUCUACCUGGGGGGAUCACAAUUGACAUGAUGAAAUACUGGGAUGGGCAGCCUGUGCGAUUUGUCUGCUGUCAGCGUAUCAAUGACAUUGAGCGUUCAGGAGGCCAGCCAUGGGGGAGGGUCUUCUGGUGCGUUGUCAUUGAGCCUGUAGAAGACGACGAUGAUGUUGGUGAAGACGAGGCCAAGGAAGAUAUAGACUAA